CCACCCAAGUUUUACACUUCUGGGCUUAUCCAUUCUCGCCAGCAACGGCUACACAAUUUCUUUUCAUGAAUUACCGAACUCUGAAGUUCUGAGUAGAUGCCAAUGGCGUUGGCUUUGACAUUCACUCAUUUUUCCCUUUCUGCUCCUUUCUCUCGCAUAAGCUGCCAGGCUACCACCGCCGUCGCCUCUCCCUCCGCCGUGCACCUCCCUCCGCAACCACCGCCGGCGUCGCUUCUUCCACAACUGUCUCAUGUCCAAAACCCUAAUCCCGCCCCUCCACCAUCCGUAUCAUGCGCUCUCCACUGCGCUCACUUCCAGAUGUGCUCGGGUUGUUCUCAUGAGUACAAUCUCCACCAUCCAGUAAUGGUUGAUGAAGCGAUGAACUUCUUCAAGAAGCUUGGCGUGACAGAUUUCACCUUUCAUAGUUGUAGAUUGUGGGGAUGGAGGUGCCGUGCAAAGCUUGCAGUUCGCGGCACAUCAACAAAGCCUCUAAUUGGGCUAUAUCAGGAGGGAACUCACAACGUUGUUGAUAUCCCUGAUUGUAGAGCUCACCAUCCCAACAUUAAUGCUGCUGUGCAACUCCUGAAACGAGGGAUAACUGAAUUGAAUGUUGAACCAUAUGAUGAAGAUGCAGGAACAGGGGAAUUGAGAUAUGUUCAGAUGGCUGUGACGACACAUGACACUUCUCGUCCAAUCUCUGAAAGAUAUAAGAACGGUAAAGUUCAGGUUUCUUUAGUUUGGAAUUCGAGGAGUGAGACCUCACCUACUUCAGAAAAAUUAAAUGCUUUGGCCAAUUUCUUGUGGAGAGCUGGUGGACCAAGGAGUGAACUCCAUUUAAUUCAUUCUGUUUGGGCUAAUUUUCAGACAUCAUCAAAUAAUAUAAUUUUCGGAAACAGAUGGAGGUAUCUAUUAGGUGAAAGAGAUUUCUGGGAACAUGUUGGUGGAAUUGAUGUUUCCUUGGCUCCAUCAAGUUUUGGGCAAGCAAAUACACGGGCAUUUGACUCUUUGCUACGCAAGUUACAUAAAUAUGUCCCAUAUGGUGCAUCAGUUGUUGAUCUUUAUGCAGGAGCUGGUGUAAUUGGAUUGUCUUUGGCAUCAACAAGGAAAUGCAGUUCAGUUAAAUGUGUAGAGGUCAACAAAGAAUCAAAGCAUUCUUUUACAAAGACAGCUGAGCGCUUGCCAACCAAUCUUGAUAGCAGCAUUAGCUGGCAUCAUGCAGACACUUCAAUUGAACCACUUUCUUGGCUUGUUGGAUCUGAUGUUGUUGUGGUUGACCCUCCGAGGAAGGGACUGGAUCCAUCUCUGAUUAAGGCAUUACAGACUGUGUCAUACAAAAGCAAAAAAUCUGAGAGUAAUGAAAAGGCAAAAGAUGAAAAAAGACCUUGGGUUCUACGUGCAAGAGAAGCUUCAGUUCUGAUUAGAGAGAAAACUGAGUAUGAGGAAAACCAAUCUUUGCCUCAAACUCUCAUCUAUAUAAGUUGUGGAUGGGAAAGUUUUAAAGAGGAUUGCAUGUCACUUGUGUCUUCCAAGGCAUGGCAUUUAUCAAAGGCCCAUGGCUUUAAUUUCUUCCCAGGAACACAAAGUGUUGAGAUUCUAGCCGUGUUUAAGAGAGGCUCAAGGGAUAGCACUAAAAAGAAGAAAUUGGGAAAGAAGAAGAAGAAUAGGCCUUCUUGAGGAGCAUUUGGUAAUUGGUAUUUUAAGCAAGCAACAGAAUUGGUACGGAGUAUUAUGCAGAAGAAGCAAAUGCUUGGGAAACUUCUGAAAAACUCAACAUUUGUACGUGUAAAUGUGUAAUACUUCUGUCAUUUUUGCACUACAUAAAAUUAUCAAUGUAGAAUGAAAAAAUGACAUGAAAUACUUACGUUAUACACAACAAAGUGUAAGAAUAUCCACUAGUCUUGCACAACCAGACCAUUCUGUGUAAAUAUUAUUUUUAGAACAAUAGUGACAA